UCUCUCUCGACUGAUCAGUUCCUGCAUCUAUUUCUUUCGCAAACAUCUUUUCUACCAUGCUGCGAUCUGUUCUCCGUCUUCAAAAAGUUAUCAGGUCGCCCGCGGUAUCGUCCGUUAGAGCAACAGCAAGGCUGCAUGCUGUUCCUAGCCUCCCCUACGAGGUUUCUGCUGGUGUGAAGCCUUUGCUAUCGCCUGCUGCAUUAAAUAUUAUCUAUACUGAUCAUCAGACUGGUCUUGUUAACCGUCUCAAUGAGCUUAUUGCAGGCACACCAUAUGAGGAUAAACUCUUUUAUGAAGUCUUAAUGGAUAGUGCACGGUCACUUAACGAGACACAGAUCUUUAAUAACGCGUCCCAGGCUUGGAACAAUGACUUUUUUUUGCGAUCCUUGAGUUCCACCCCCAGCCCAAUGUCGGAUGCCCUUUCUAAACGUAUUGCAGCCUCAUUCGGAAGUGUGGAGGUGUUCAAAAGAGAAUUCACAACCAAUGCCCUUGGUUUGUUUGGAUCAGGAUGGACUUGGUUGGUGGAGGACAAGGAUGGUCGCUUGGUUUUGUUGAAUACAUACAAUGCUGGAUCCCCUCAUCACCGUCGUAGGAUGCAACGCAACGAUGAAACUGCAACAGAACAUGACUUUGCCUCACAGGCUCAGAACCCAUACUCGGGUGUCUCCAAAUUCUCGGCACCUGCUAAAUUGAGAGCCAACAACAGCUACGUCCCUAUUCUCUGCAUCUCGAUGUGGGAGCAUGCCUACCUCACCGACUAUGGGGUCACACGCGAGGGACGUCAACGAUACUUGGACAACUUUUUCAAAACAGUAGACUGGAAUGUUGUCGAGAGCAGAGUGUUCCGUGCUGGCGGCUUUUAGGAAUAAUAACUAUAAUAAUAAUAAAAAAAAGAGGG